CACCUACAAAGCUGCUGCAGCUCAUCACGAAUACGAUCAUUCAAUUAUUCAAUAACCAUUCAUUCUAAUGGUUCUGUUUUUCUUCUGAUAUUUGACUUUCAAACUUACUGCAGUAGAAUCUUUCAUCAACCUGAGAUGUGAUCGUUGGAGGUUCUGCACGAUGUGUCACAGCUGAUGGUGAUCUUAACCUGCCCGAGUGACACUUCUCUUUAUAACCUCCACCUCCACAUUCCCUCGCUUCCACACUUCUCCACCAAUCACAUUCUUUUGUCGGCUUGAGGAUGAGGAAGAUUUGAAGAUGAAGAGCUGUAUUUAUCAGCGCGACACAUCCUACUCAAGCAGUUGUAACGCUCAGCUCCUCUGCCACCAAACUUUUCUUAUUGUUUCACUUGUAUUGUUUGGGGGGGGGAAGCUUUUCUACAUCGUCAGCUUGGAAGAAAGGAUCAGGGGAUUUAGAAGAAGAAGAAAAAAAGGGUUGGAUUCUGUUUGAGUUGGAGAUGCGUCACUUUCAGGUUCAGGUGUUUUUUGUGGUUUUGUUUUCCUCGGUGCUGCUGCUGGAGGUCAGCGCUGCUCCACACUCAGACAUGCUGACUGAAACACUGAGAGAAGACCUCGUAAACGACAAGGAUCUCGCUCCUUUGCUCUUGCUGAAGCUCAUGUCUGAACUGAUGGCGGCCAGAGGGGACAAGAUGCUCCCCGAGCCCGAGGAGAUGCUGGGAGUCAGAGAGGAGGUGAUGAGGCGUCAUCUUCCCCUCUCCCACAGGGAGCGCAAGGCGGGCUGCCGUAACUUCUUCUGGAAGACUUUCACCUCGUGUUAACACAAGAGGAGGAGUUCUUAUUAAAGCCUGUGUUUGUUUUUUUACUGAUGAGUUCAUCCUUGUCGGCUCACUUUGUUGUAACCACCGUACGCUGCAGUGAUAAGACUGUAUGUUUGAAGAUCGGCAGGGAUGUACACAGCUUGUCAAAUAAAUGUUUCUGAUUUU